AUGGGUGGUAUUCAUCGGUGGCUCGGAGAUUUUGAUCAAGACGCCCCCUUCAGGAACAUUGAGAGAAUCUCCAUUGGGCUGGGGACGGGCGGCAUCUCGAAACAUGAAACCUUGCGCUACUUUUGCCAAAUCUCCAACCCAAGUCCGUCAAUUCAGGAUCAGCCUUUUGGCGAGAACCUAAGGAUGAACGGACACACAUACACACACGCACAAAUCCACACCACCUUCCCCCGCCGUUUGAUGUCGCUUCUCCGCCACACCCUCCACAACCCGUCCUGUAAUCGAGAUGCGCAAUCAAAGCCACCUCUCGACCAGCGUCUCGGACUGAUGACCUGCCCUGCCUGGUAUCGCCCGGGAGGCUUAGAAAGAGGGGGGAGGCUGUUAGAACUUAGGGACCCGCGGGUGAUAGCAUCGACGAUGGUAGGACAUUCGUCGUCCUUUCGAUCAAGCACAAACAUGCCAACGCGGGACCCAGAUAUGCGCAACGCAACAUGGGAAAAUAGUUACAUCCAGGGAGGGCGCACUCGGGAAACGAUGGAGCAGGAUGCCGACGUUCCCCAUCAAUCUCCGUGCCGCGAAGGAAGACGCAGCCCCUUGAAUGUUUCAGACAAUUUUUUACCUUUUACUGGUUCGUUGUUCAUUUGCAUUGAAACUCUAUCCACCGGUCUGGAAGAGUCAUACCGCCCAGUCACCGACGUGUUGUCGUUUUGUUACCUGAUCAACAAGAAAGGGUUCAACUUGACAAUUACCGGCGCUUACGCCGUGCGAAGCGAGCGAGCAGGCCUCAAUUCACCAAUACAUCUCAUCCAGGCAGGCCUCAAACAGAAAGACAGAAAAAAAAAGAGACACUGCCCAAAGGAAGAAAGACGGGAAGCUAGGUAUUACGACUCAGAUAUUGCAGCCAACGCUCUCCCGAUAUCUGCCCAAUCGAACGACAACCCCCAGUCCAGGACUCCAGUUUGCGUUUGCGUUUGCCGUUCAGCUGCACACGCCCCUCCUCCGUUGGACGGACGGCGCCCCGUUGGAACGAAUAUUUCCGUAAGACUCUCCAUCCGUUCCGUUAUCACCGUUUUCUUAUUCGACCAAGCAAACGCUGACGCAGGCCCUUUACGGGACUCACGCCCAUCCGUAAUCACCACGUCGUCUCCAAAUCGGCAUCGACCGUCUCGCCAGUCAUCGAACCGUCACUUUGACGGUCCACCCACACCAUCUCGCAUCCACCCAGCAGAACACCGUCACGCCCUCUCUCUCACUCACUCUCUCCGUUCUCCGUUCUUCCUCGCUCUCCUCUCUCUCCCAAUCUCUCAUAGUCUCUCUCCCUCGGCUUGGCUGGGGCUUGGCUUCACACGCCCCUUCUCUUUCCUCGAACGACCACCACACAAGCUGCACAAGCCCGGCUCUGUCGGACAACGGAGUGCCGUCGCGCCUUGCACAUUUCCACAAGCAAGCUUGCAUUAUUACGCUGAGCCUGCCAUCACCAUCCGUUCUCUCGUCGAUCCCACACACACACUCACUCACAAGUACACACACUCGCACACCCCUCUCCUCCCGGGGGCCUUUUCACACACCCACCCCCCUGCCAGACUCACAGAUUACACCCUGUUACUCUUCAUUAUAUAUCAUCAAGCCUUCCCACGCCCACAUCUCGGGACUUCACUCUCCCUACCAACUCUUGCACUUGCAAUACAACUCCAACUUCCAACAUACAACGACUUGGAAUACUAUACCAAAGGCAAACCAACAUCAGCACUACCACCAACACCACCACCAACAGGGAUAACUACUACAAUACCAUAG